AUGGUUGGUAAGGAAGCCUCGCUAUUCUAUGGCCUCUUGGCCAUGAUUGUUGUAUACCCCGUAAUUGUAGUAGCUAGAGAUUUACCUGAGACCCCACUACCUAGAACAACCAAUGGUGGUGGCUGCACAAAUGCAAAUUGUUUAGGAGGGGGUGUCCCUGGAUUUGACAGUAUCCCUGGGUUUGGCGGUGGUGGUAUAUUAUUAAUUAUCGUGGCCAAUGAGAGGAGAUUUGUUCAUGAUCCAUGUGGUUUUGCAGCUGAAGAUGAGAAAAUGAAAAAUGGCGCGGGUGAUGUCAAACAUGGCAUAAAUCCAAACAAAGAACAGGCAGGCGGUGAGUCUACACACAAAAAUUGCUUCUUUGGCGGCGGUGGCUGGGGAAGGCCCGGUGGUGGCUAUCCUGGUAGUGGUGGCUAUCCUGGGGGUGGUGGUGACUAUCCUGGCAGUGGUGGUACACCAGGUGGUACCGGUGGAUCGAGUGGAGGCAUGCCGGGUAGUGGAGGUGGGUCUGGCGGUGGAUCAAGUGGCAGCGGUGGGUCUAGUGGUGGAGGUGGUUCUCAAAGUGGUGGCAUGCCUGGUGGUGGAGGUGAUUCUCCUAGUGGUGGUAUGCCGGGUGGCAGUGGACAAGGUGGUGGUAGUGGCUUGCCAAGUGGUGGUGGGCCUGGCAGUGGUGGUAUGACAGGUGGAGGAGGCGGAGCGGGUGGGCCUACUGGUUCUCCUAGAAGUGGUGGUAUGCCAGGUGGUGGCAGUGGAUCUAGUGGUGAUGAUGAGCCUGGUGGAGACGGUUAUCCUGGCAGUGGUGGUGGUGGGGGAAGUGGCAAUCCUGGUGGUGGUGGUGGAUCUAGCGGUGGUAGCAGACCUGGUAGUGGAAGUGGGUCUGGCGGUAGUGGAUAUGGGCCUAGCACGCCGGGUGGCGGAGGUGCAUCUGACGGUAGUAGAUAUGGUGGUGGGGAUUAUCAUGUUUAA